AUCGUACUGGAGAUUCGAGGGUGAUUCUGCAGUAUAAAACUCUACGAGAACGUCUGUUCCAUCGCAUAGCGGGCAGUCGCCUUCUGUUCCCUCCUUGUCGUACUGCACGCACAACAGCACCACUUGCCACUCGCAUCUGUAGACCACUAGCAACCAUGGCGCCGAUAUUCAACAAAGACGACUCAAAACUCAUCGCAGACCUCCAUGCCCUCUCUGAAAAGUCUCCCAAGCUCGUCCGGUCGUCGCAAUACCCCGCGCCUGCUCAGCCCGAGACCGUCAUCAGCAGCUGGAAGAUGAACGAGUACAAGUAUUACGAUAUACCCUCGCCAUUCCCGACGCUUGCGCGAGGGCUGUUCACGACGGAGCACAGCGUGGACGGCGAGUCUGGCGAUGCAAAGCAGUAUAGGAUCGUGGCUAGGGGCUACGACAAGUUCUUCAAUAUUGGCGAAGUGCCCUGGACAACGUGGGAGUCGCUCGAGCGGAGCACCGCUUCUCCAUACACCCUCACGCUCAAGUCUAACGGAUGCAUUAUCUUCAUCGCCGCCCUCACACCUUCCAAACUCGUUGUCACGUCGAAGCACUCCCUCGGGCCCAUCCAGAACGCCCCACAGAGCCACGCCCAGGUCGGCGAGAGCUGGCUGUUACGCCAUCUUGAGGCUGCGGGAAAAACGCCGGAGGAGCUCGCACAGCGGUUGUGGGACAACAACUGGACCGCCGUGGCCGAGUUGUGCGACGACUCCUUCGAAGAGCACGUCCUGCCUUACUCGGCCGACAAAACAGGAUUACAUCUGCACGGCAUCAACGAGUCGACAAAGCUAUUCAAAACAAUGCCGCCAUCGAUCGUCGAUGUGUUCGCCGAAGAGUGGGGGUUCAUCGUGACCGCCUCGACGGUCCUCAACACGAUCUCUGAAGUCAAGGCUUUCACUGAGGAAGUAUCCAAGACCGGACAGUGGCAAGGCGAGGCGCUCGAGGGCUUCGUCGUGCGCACGACGGUCUCGGAGCCUCCGACGAGAGGCGAGGGCAAGGACAACUCCGGGCUAAGCGCAUCGCCGUACGCGGCAGGCUCGUCGUUCUUCUUCAAGGUCAAGUUCAACGAGCCGUACAUGAUGUACCGCGACUGGCGCGAGGUGACAAAGGUGCUGCUCUCCACGAAGGGCCCGCUGAGCGAGGCGAGAAUCCCCAAGUCGAAGAUGAAGCGCACGGAGACGAAGGCGUACGUUGCAUGGAUCAAGAGCGAGAUUGUACGGGACAGGAAGCAGUUCGAUAAGUAUACGCAGGGGAAGGGGAUUAUUGCCACCAGGGAGAGAUUCCUGAAAUGGUUGGAGAGCGCGGAGGGGCAGCAGGGGCAGCAGGCCACAGAGGAGGCGGGGGACGUUACGGUCGCGAACAGCGCGUCUGUAAAGACUUUCGGGAAGACUAUCAUUGUGCCGGUCGCGAUCCCUGGUGCCGGCAAGACGGCUGUCUCCACCGCCCUGGCGAAUAUGUUUGGGUUUGGACACACUCAGAGCGACAAUGUGCGGGCGAAAAAGGCUGGCCCCGUGUUCUUGCAGCGUGUCGUGAAGCUCCUUCAGAAUCACGACGUCGUCAUCGCGGACAAAAACAAUCAUCUGCAGAUGCACCGCGCAGCCUUUCGAGACGCGACUAAGGGAAUGAGUCCACCCGUCCGCCUGCUCGCACUCAACUGGGCCCUCGAUCAACCGCUCUCCACGAUUCACCGGAUCUGCGGUGACCGCGUGCUGGUACGUGGCGAGAACCACCAGUCGCUCAUCGGUGACGUGGAGAGCAAGUCACACGAGACCGUAAUCUGGAAAUUUUUGAACACGUCUGAGGAGCUUAGCGAGAACGAAGUGGACGCGGUCAUCGAGAUGGAUUUGACCGAGUCGCUGGAAGACGCUGUUGAGCGCGCGGUAAACGGCGUGGUUGAUGUGCUUGGGAUCGCGAAACCCAGUCGCGAAGACAUCGGGAAGGCGCUCGCAGCGGCGAGGGGCUAUACGACAUCUACGAGCGUGAAGAAGAACCUAGGAAGGCAGACGGCGAGGCCGCCGAGAUACUACGGGUUACUUGCGGAAGUUGAGCUGGAUCAGGUACUUUCGGGACCUCUUGCGGAGGCGAAGGUGUCGAAGAAAAUGACCGAGAUGUGGGACGCGUUGAAGAAGGCGAAGAGGGUAGCAGCGCGGCCCCAUAUCACGAUUGUUCACGAAAAAUCGCUCCCAAGAGAGCUGGAUCUGUGGGAGCGAUGCAGAGCCCUAGAGCGACUUGCAAAACCGCCGCUGUUCAAGUUCAAGCUCGGCCAUGUGUUGACGGAUGGGCGGGUCAUGGUGGUCACCGUCGAGGAUGUUGUUGUCGAGGAUAUAGAGGGGGAGGAGGGUCAAGCCGGGCAUCAAUUCGUGGCGAUGCUGAAGGAGGACGUGAGGAACCGCAUGCACAUCACCGUUGGGACGAGGGAUCAUAGCAUCCUUCCCGUGGAGGGGAAGGUGUUGGUGGAAGCUUGGAAGAAGGGGGAGCAGAAAGAUGUCCUUGAAGUCUCGUUAGAUGGGCUUUCCGCGAAGGGGAGGGUGAAGGGCCUCAUGCACUGACUCAGUGACUGGUGUUCCUUUGCAUCUCAUCGUAUAAAAGUAGCAUCCCUAACAAUGUUGUAUCACUAGCGCUUCACAUCAGACAUAUCCCCCGCUAUCCUGACACGCUUUCCGCCUCUCUC